AUGUUGAGGAUCCUGCUUCUAGUUCUGUGCAUUGGCAGCUUAGAGGCCUGGUUCUGGAGCUAUGAUGAGGAGACAACCACCCAGCCCCCAACAAGUGUCGCCACAACACCCGGUGGCACAAAGAAGGUGAAAGAGGAGGAGGAAGGUUUGUCAGGGGUUGGAGAAGAAAUCAUCAACGUGGCCAGUGGAAUUCGGAACUUGGUAAAGACAUGGGACGCCACCACGAGCCCGGGAACUACCCAAGGUUCCCCGAUGGUGGAGAGCGCUGACCCUAACAUGACGGGUAAUAUUAGCGUGCUCGGAGGGGGGAAAGGGGUGGAAGGGUCUGGAGUUGGGGAAAAUGAUGCAUCUGGAUCAGGAUCGGGGUCAGAGGUAGAAUCGGGCAACAUGCUUCCAAGUAACAUAACCGAUGCAAACAACGAGACUCAGGUUGGCGGUUCCGAUCCACUUUGUCUCCGUGUGCCGUCUAAUUGGCGCCUAUGCUCCAGAAAACGCCCACAGUUCUUCACCUUGCCUAAUUUCUUCAACCACACAUCUGUGAAGCAGGUGGGGGUGGCCGUGCGAGAGUGGGCGCGGCUGACCCCAAAGGGCUGUCACCAACUCGCAGAAUGGUUCCUGUGCCUCCUGCUGGUGCCCGAGUGCCCCUUGCCCACCUCUGCGCCUUUACGUCUUCCCUGUCGUAGCUUUUGCCACCAAGUGCGGGACAGCUGCUGGGUGUCGUUGGACAGUGCACGGCUUCCGGUGGAUUGUGGCCUCCUCCCCGUUGAGCCGCAAGAACCCGGCCGUCCUUCAUGUGUGUCUGUUAGUUACUCGAAAGAGCAGAGCAGUUUGUCUCUGCUCCAGCUUAUCGGAGAUCCACCACCCAAAGAGAUUGGUCGUGUCAUCGGGCCCGGCGACACCCCUGCAUACGUCUUCACCUCUACGGCAGUUUCGGGCCAACCGGCAUUGGCCCACGUCCCCAACCCUUUCUACCGCCACUUCUCCCUCUUCUUUAAUGUCAAGCCGUCCACCUCUGCUGCCUCCGUCCUCUUCUCCAUCACUGACGGGCCACAGAGGCUUAUGUACGUGGCAGUCAAGCUCAGCGCCGUGCAGUCGGGCCGUCAGGAGGUGCAGCUUUUUUACACAGAGCCAGAUUCGGAGGUGUCGUACGAGGCCGCCAGCUUCGAUGUGCCAAGUCUAGUGGGCAAAUGGAGCCGUUUCUCGCUGUCCGUCUAUGAGGACCUGGUGACCUUUUACCAGGAUUGCGACUCAGCGCCCCGGAUGGUGAACUUCGAGCGCUCACCGGAUCCCAUGGAACUUGACACAGGGGCUGGGAUCUUUGUUGCACAAGCCGGGGGGGCCGACCCGGCAAAAUUUCAGGGUGAAAUCGCUGAUCUCAGGCUGGUGGGAAACUCUCGGGCUGCCGAGCGCUUGUGUGAUGACAUUGACGAUGAUUCUGACGUUGCCUCGGGCGACUUUGGCAGCGGGGAAGGCAGCAGGAGGCAGACGGAAGGAAAAGUGGACACUACACCUGCACCCUUCAGGCCUGUGCCUGAGCCCCCACUUAUUAGCUCAAAUGGAAGCAGACAGAGAGAAACAGGUUUAAGUGGAGCUAAAGGACAGAAAGGAGAUAGAGGAGAGAAAGGCACCAGAGGUGACCGAGGCCAAGCAGGGCCAAAAGGAGACCCCGGUUUUGGCUCCAUCUCACAAGCUGGAGGUGGCGGACAGAAGGGAGAGAAGGGAGAUAAGGGCAGUACAACCUUUGGAAGUAAGGGAGAACGUGGUCCACAGGGUCCACCGGGACCCCCUGGGCCUCCAGGAGCUGCGGCCGAAGUGGUCCAAAAGGGGGAUGGUUCAUUGACGCGGCAAGUAGCCGGACCCCCGGGAUCUCCAGGCAGAGAUGGGUUUCCUGGUCUCCCUGGACAGCCUGGAAACCCAGGAGAGGAUGGGAAAGCUGGUCCUCCAGGGCCGCAAGGUUUUCCAGGAACUCCUGGAAAUCCUGGUGCUCGAGGACAAAAGGGUGAGCGAGGCGAAGGAUUACCUGGACCCAGAGGUCCUCCAGGGCUUCCUGGACCUCCUGGACCAGGAACUGGAAAUCGACCGACUUUUGUAGACAUGGAGGGCUCAGGAUACUCCGAUUGGGAGAAAAUCCAGGGUCCUCCAGGCCCCCCAGGCCCCCCAGGUCCACCUGGAGUCCCUGGUACAUCAGUUGCACUCGGAGAUAAUGGACCAGUUGCCUUUGGGCCUCCUGGACCACCUGGAAGACACGGAAUUCCGGGUGUAACAGGUCCUCCUGGGCCUCCUGGUCGACCAGGUCAACCUGGACUCAGAGGAGAAAAGGGGGACUGUGGUGAGCUGAACUCGCAGGGAGGAAGUGGAGAAAAGGGUUCUCGUGGUGAACCUGGACUGCCGGGAAGUCCAGGACAGACUGGCCUCGCCGGGCUUCCCGGGCCUAUGGGCCCUGCUGGACCUCCAGGACGACCAGGGCCACCUGGGCCAUCUUACCCCUUUAACUUUAAUGAUCGGGAUGGCUUUGAAACAAAUGGUGGCUUGCCAGGACCUCAGGGUCCUCCAGGUAUUGCAGGUCUGCCGGGCCGACCAGGCUUACCCGGAACUGAUGGCGACAAAGGAGCAGAGGGACCAAGAGGUCCAUCUGGCAUUCCAGGUCUGGAUGGCUUUCCUGGACUGGCUGGACAGAAAGGAGAUAGAGGGGAGAAGGGUGAACAAGGCCUACCAGGGCGUGACGGAGGGCAGCCCGGACCACCAGGGCCUCCGGGACCUCCAGGGCGGAUCAUUUAUCCGAAUGGUGAUAGGGGAGCUGGAAUUCCAGGCCAAGCUGGAUUUCCCGGGCCUAUAGGACCAAAGGGGGAAAAAGGGGAAACCGGUCUGCCAGGGUUUGCCCCUAAGGGUCAAAAAGGAGAGCCGGGUGUCAUUAUGGGUCCAGAUGGGCAACCGCGGUACCUCGGAGGCCUGACAGGGAGACCGGGAGAUAUAGGACCUCCGGGCCCAGUUGGACCUCCAGGCUCUUAUGGUCCUCAAGGUCAAAAGGGAGAAAUUGGACUUCCAGGUAGACCAGGUCGACCAGGACUGAAUGGUAUCCAGGGACAAAAAGGAGAGCCAGGUGGCGGUUCUGGAUCCACAUACUACGGUCCCCCAGGUCCACCAGGCCCACCUGGACCUCCUGGACCACCAUUUAGCGGAUAUGAUGCUUAUUCCAGGUAUAAUCAAGCUUCUAAAGGAGAGAAAGGUGACCCUGGAACACCAGGCCUACCUGGCCUGUCAGGUGUUGGGUCAGACUUUGACAUUUAUGCCUUUAAGAAUGAGUUGAGGGGUGAAACGGGAGAACAGGGCUUGAAAGGAGAGAAAGGAGAACCAGGUGGGGGAUAUUAUGACUCACGAAGCAGAGGAAGUGGAGUUGGCGUGCCGGGACUUCCUGGACCUCCCGGCCCCAGAGGGGAUUCCAUUACUGGCCCACCAGGUCCCCAAGGCCCACCUGGUCCACCAGGAAGAGGCUAUGAUGGUCAACCUGGACCACCAGGGCCACCUGGACCCCCUGGUAUCCCUUCCUUCCCUGGGCCUCACAGGGGCACACAUACUAUCAGUAUUCCUGGACCACCAGGGCCACCUGGAGCACCUGGAUCCCCAGGACACUCUUCAGGGGUGACCGUGUUGCAAUCCUAUGACAUCAUGACCGCUACUGCUAGAAGACAACCUGAGGGCUCGCUAGUCUACAUCAUAGACCGGACAGAUCUUUACCUAAGAGUUAGGGACGGGGUUCGACAAGUACAGCUUGGGGGCUAUAUUCCAUUGCCAAGAGAAGUUGCUAAUGAGGUUGCAGCAGUGGAGCCUCCACCAGUCGUUCCAUACCGUCCACACCACAACAACGACUCUCACGGACAAGCGGAGAGGCCAGACCAAGUUAAUCCGGACCACUAUGCCCAACCUGACCGACAUCACACGAGCCAGCUCUACCCUCCAUACCAAACAAACACUGAUGGAAGACACCAAAGCCCACCUGAUCCCAGAUACCAUCCUGACACUAGACAUACAGCUCAGCCAGAUCCACGAUACCCGUCCCCAACAGACCCCAGAUACCCUAGUUAUACUGACCGGGUGAAUUACCCAGAUGGUCGUUAUCCGGUCCACCCAGCACACGAACACCCACCUUACUACGCUGUCACCCCUCAACGAAGGCCCCCUAGACCUGUGGCCGAAACUCCAGCUCACCGUCACACAUCAGGUCCAGGGCUCCACAUUAUCGCCUUGAACCAACCUCAGACAGGAUCCAUCCGGGGCAUCCGGGGUGCCGACUUCCUGUGCUUCACGCAGGCUCAAAGCAUCGGAAUGAAGGGAACGUUCCGGGCUUUCUUGUCCUCAAAACUCCAAGAUCUCCAAAGCAUUGUCCGCAAAGCUGACAGAGAACAUAUGCCAAUGGUCAACCUGAAGGAUGAGGUUUUAUUUGACAACUGGGAUUCCAUCUUUAAUGGUGGCACAAUCAAGGAGAAUGUCCCUAUAUACUCCUUUGAUGGGAAAGAUGUUCUUCGUGAUAGCACAUGGCCUGACAAGAUGUUGUGGCAUGGCUCCACAUCAAAUGGUCAGCGGCAGGUUGACGGUUUCUGUGACUCGUGGCGAAUGAGCAGCCACGUACUCACCGGCAAGGCGUCCCCGCUGCAGAGCGGCAGUCUUCUCCAGCAGACUUCCAGCAGCUGCUCCAGUUCCUACGUUGUGCUGUGUGUGGAGAACAGCUAUAUUGGCCAUAGCAGGAGAUAA